AUGCUCCAAAUUUAUCAACAACUCGCCAGCUGUGCGCCAUCCCAGCAUGAGGAUGUCUACAUUUUGGCAAUAGCACCCGUUGCGGGCCGUGGGCUUGCCGCCAUCAGCUCUGCCGAUGAACUCCUCCUUCUCGACAGAAAUGACCCGGCCGGAUCCAAUCCCGUGGGGCUCCAAGGCGUGCCCCGUGGGGUCUCUUCGUUGGCCGUUGAGGACCAGGGUACAGCGGUCAUCUGUUCUGGAAACGACGGCACCGUGGCCAUUUUUGACAUCCGAUCCCAAUCCAGUGUUGCCCAAUUCAAGUUGGGCAAACCUGUCAUUUCUGUGGCGCCCAGGCUGAAUGAUGUGGCUAUCGGUGGGGAGGCCGUCGUGGCCAUCUGGGAUCGAAGACAAGGGAAACCAAGGUGGCAGAAUGCUGAGGUCAACGAUGAGAUCACGGCGUUGGACUUCCACCCCUUCAGGAAUCAUCUCCUCCUUAGCGGAGGUGAUGACGGUGCAAUCUGCGUCUUUGACACUCAAAUUCAGGAAGAACAAGACAGUCUGCUUCAAGGUGUCAACCAUGGUCCAAUUCACAAGGCAGGCUUCUUGGGACCGACAGAUCUUUACGCUUUGAGCUCCGACCAGAAUCUUGCGCUGCACUCUCUCACCGUUGAUGACGGAGAUGCUGAAGCAGACCAACCAGCACCCAAUCAGUUGGGGGACUUAAGACCAGCCAUUCCCUGCGAAUACGUGAUUGACAUUUUACAUAGCGGCACGGACCAUGUCGUGGCCUGUGGUUCGCACAGUAACUCUCGUGUUGAUCUAGUCCGAAUGAGCCGAGGAGCCGGGCUCAGUCUCGACCAGCGAAUCAUCCUCGAAAACGCUCAUGGGGGAGAGGUUGUUCGAUCGAUAUUUGCAGAUGAGACCGAUAACACCAUCUUUACGGCAGGCGAGGAUGGGCGAAUUAUGGCAUUCCGUCCACAGGGAAGCCUGCUACCGACCACCCCUGCCAAAGCAACGAAAUCCAAGAAGGCCCCAGGCGCAAGAUACAGCCCUUAUUGA